CUUGUGAUACUUUAAAUUAGAAUCAACAAAUAUGCAGACAGCGUAAUAACAACCAAUAUCCUUACUGAGACUGAUUUUUGCUUCUUUUUUUUCUUUCUUUCUUUUUUUGUCACCUAGGGGUUCCUCUGGUGAUGAACCCUGGUGCAUUCUGCCUCUGGACAGCGCUCUAAGUUUGAUUUUAUAGGCCUGAUCUGACUUGAGAGUCAGCCACAGACACAGCUCUUCAGCCUGUGACCCGGGAGCCGCCACGAUGACCCUCAACGUCCCGGGACUGGUGAUGAUGGUGGUCUUCUACCUGAUGGUGCUGGGCACCGGCCUGUGGGCGUCUAUGAAGUCUAAGCGGGUGCAGAAAGGUGGGCAGAAGGACCGGACAGAGGUCACCCUGCUGGGGAACCGGGGGAUCAGCCUGGCGGUGGGGGUCUUCACAAUGACAGCUACAUUUGUUGGCGGGGGCUUCAUUGUCGGCCUGACCGAAGCAGUAUACACUCCGACCAUGGGACUGACGUGGGCGGUCAUGCCAGUGACAGCGGCCGUGUCCUUCAUUGUUGGUGGACUUUUCUUUGCCAAACCGAUGCGAGACAAAAAAUAUGUGACAAUGAUGGACCCGUUCCAGAUCAAGUAUGGAAACCUGAUUAGUGCAGUUCUGUCUGUGGCGCUGCUCGUAUCUGACAUCAUUUGGGUGACGGGAACUCUCAUUGGCUUAGGCGCUACUAUCAGCGUGAUUCUGGAUCUGUCCUACACUCUCUGCGUUUGGAUUUCUGCUGCAGUGGCCAUCGUAUACACACUAAUGGGAGGCCUCUACUCUGUGGCCUACACAGACAUUAUACAGCUCACGCUCAUGUUCUUCAGCUUGUGGCUCUGUGUCCCCUUCGUCUUGAUGAACCCUCAUUCAGCUGACAUUACCAAAACGGCCUUCAACUUCACCUACCAGGCCCCUUGGCUCGGUACUCUGGGUGAGGAGAGGAUGUGGACGUGGAUUGAUAAUUUCCUGAUAUUGGCCUUUGGUAACCUCGGGUAUCAGGACUUCCACCAGCGGACCCUGUCGGCCUCGUCGUCACAGACCGCCAGGAUCACGUGCUUCAUCGCAGCCCCCCUCAUGUUCAUACUUGGAAUCCCCUCCAUACUGAUUGGAGCAGUUGCGGCAUCAACAGACUGGAACGCCACCCUGUACGGCUCCCCAUCUCCGUUCGAGCGCGGAGAAGCUGGCCAGGUCCUUCCAAUAGCUCUCCAGUAUCUCACGCCAAGCUACAUCUCCAUCAUCGGAAUUGGAGCUAUUGCUGCCGCUGUGAUGUCCUCCACCGACUCUGCUCUCCUCUCCGCCGCUUCCAUCUUCACAUCAAACAUUUACAAGCCCAUCCUGCGAAAGAAGGCAUCAGAUGUGGAGCUGCAGUGGGUGAUCCGUGCGACCGUGGUGUUGGUGGGCCUGGCCGGCACAUCUCUCACCUUCCUCCACAACAGCAUCAUGGUUUUCUGGAUUUUGGGCUCAGACAUAACUUACACCUUCAUGUUCCCUCAGCUGGUUUGCGUUCUCUUCUUUAACACCUCCAAUGGCUACGGCUCCGUGGUUGGCUUGCUGCUUGGAUUGCUGCUGAGGCUGCUGAGCGGGGAGCCUUCUGUGGGGCUGCCUGCUGUCCUCUGCUUCCUCCGCUGCAGACUGGAGGACGGCCUGUACGUCCAGCAAGCCCCAGUUCGGACGAUCUGCAUGCUUUCCACGUUCGUUGCCACUUUGCUUUUCUCCUCCCUGGCCGCUCUGCUCUUUAACAGAGGGGUUCUUCCUGAUAGGUGGGAUGUAUUAAACGUGAAAACCAAGAAGGGCUCUCAAGCACUGGCGGUGAUGAACAACACCAUAACAGAAACGAAGGAGGACAAUCCCAAAGUUCCAAAUGAAACGGAACUAAUGUUGACCAACGAUGUUCUGACCUGAAUGUUUAUUGGGGAAAUAAAACUGUUAUUGGUGGUGCUCCAGAUAACUAUGAUUUUGUUAUGCAGCUGUUUUUAUACUAAAUAAACUGUAAGAUAAAGAUAGCUGGCAGGUGAUGGUGUAGAAACGAAUCACUUACAAUGAAUGCCUCUGACUGUGUUGUAAUGGUCUCUUCUUUAAUUCCGUUACACUGAAGUCUUAUUAACUGUUCAGUGUUACUGGUAAAUGGUAAUUUAGCUUCUGAUGUAGGAAAAUUGCAUGUUUUCCCUGUGGAAACUCCGGCUUCCUCCCACAGUCCGAAAAACAUGCAAGAGAGGUCCAUUGGUGAACCCGAAUAGAAGGAAAUGUGGCUGUCUGUCUGUCUCUGUCCUGUGAUGAAGAGGAUGCACUGUUAUGGCAAAAUUAAACGUCACAGUGUUCUGUUCCAUACUGUUUUGAGAUUCAUGCCUGGGAAGUUGUCUGAUAACGUGUCUUCAGUUUGUGCAGAGUUGCAGGCCUCAAUAAUGACUGCAUUGUCUUCCAAGGUCAUUUUCUCUAAACCGCUCAGCACCCCUGCUUUGGUGAGGUUAAUACAUCUUUUUCUGUGUGUGUGUGUGUUUCUCAGACUGCUCAUGCAGGCUGACUGUCAAUCUGUAUGACUGGUCGUCCAAUUAACCUACACAACGACCAUUCGUUGAAGAUUAUUUUUAUCCAAGGAUGUCAGCAGUACAUCAUAAAAUGUCCAUUACAAUACUCUGUUUUUGCACAUAGGUGUGAUCAGUGCCAAGGCCCCAAAACCUAAAUGUGAAUAAAAAUGGGACAGCAGAUGGAUGGAUUCAUUUUGUUUGACAUCUGCAUUCAUUUUAUAAAGGUGUGUGUUAAACAUGCUUGAACAUAUCAGUUGAUCUUCAGAGGAAAUAUGCCAUCAAUGUAAAUUUAUGCAUCAUGUUUCAUUUGGACAAUUUGUCUUUCUUUGGUCAUGCUGAUCCUAUUGAACAUAAAAACUGUUUUGAAACUUUAAAAUGACAAAAAGUAAGUAAUUAUCUGAACAUGUUGAAGGUGUACUGAAUGGAUUUACAGGGCCUGAGUCAGGAAAUGGAUGCGUGUCCACCACAAUGAGAUGCAGUAUAUAAAAAAAGAACCGAUAUAGAUACCAACAUUACAGACACAAAAUUAUUGCAAAUAAACACCAAGCAACACAAAGAGACAAAAAAUCAUUACUAAAUCAUUUUAAAUGAGUCAUAAAAGUGUCACAGACAGUGAUGUAAAAGAAUCAUAAUCAUAACAAUCAUAACGAAAAAUCAGAUGUGAAACAACAAGAAAAGACACAUUUACUGAAAAGACAAAAAAUAUGUAACAGACACUAAUCACAAACACAGUUUUGCUAAAACAGAUCAGAGGCAACAGGAAAAAAACAUAAAUACAUAAUAUGGUGACAAACAGCGCACAGAGAUUUUCAAAACCCUCCCACCUCCCCGAAAAAAAAGAACCAUUUUAUAUGACCACAGUAAGAUGCAAAAGGAGACAAAAUCAUGAGGAAAUGUACAUUUCAUUGAUGAUUUAAAAAAGCAACCCUCAAAUAUUCAAACAAAAAAAAACAGGGUAUGUAUUUGAUGCAUUUAACUUGUGGGUGGAAAAAGUGACAAAGAUAUCCUAACAUUUGAUCAUUUGCAAAAUGUUAGGGAUAAAUAACAGUAGUGCAAUACAGCUGUGAUACACACAACCAUCCUAUCUAUGCUGUUUCUUAUUACUCUUAUUCAACAAUUUGCACAUAUGUUGUUGUUUUUUCCAGAUUUUGGCACUACUUUUGUUUAUAUAUUGCAGACAGUUUUGACCAAUGUUAGACUGUUUUCUUUUAGAUGCUAUGUUACCGCUGGCCUUCUUCCUCAGCAGAGAAAGAAGUUGAUUGUUAGGGGGAAACAUGUUUUUCUGAUGUGCAUAUAACAAAUAAACCUGGAAUCCAAUUGAGA